UGAGAGAAACUGCAGUUUGUGUACUGUCUCUGUUUUUGUCUGUUUUCAAGUUUGUUGCCUCAGCAUGUUAAAAGAACUGUUGUUUCCUGUGCAGAGUUUUAUACCAAUGAAGAAAAGGCUGCUCACUUUUGUCCGAUUUGCUGUUCAGACUCAUGGACAGCUUUAAAAGGAUUAAUCAAAAAAAAAAUCGGUUUAAUUUAUUAUUUAUGUUUUAUUCAUUUAUUAGGUAAUGACCUUUUGUGUCAUUCCAAACUUGACCCUUUUUUCUGUGUAUUGCAAAAGGGGAAGUUUCACAGAAUAUCAGGACUGUUCUUUUGCAACAUUUAAUCUAAUCUCAAUCUAACAAUGACUUCAGUUUAUUUCACUUCUUUGUAAAAUGUUCUGUUGCUGUAAAAGUGAACUGUAUUGGUUGUAAUGGGCAGAAGUUGAACUACAGUUUCCGGUGAGACACUGUGACUCCACCUCAACUGAAACAACAGGUCACUCUCAUCUGGGCUGCUCAUGAAAAACUACUUGAGCUCACUUCAGAUGACUCUCAGAAUGUUUGCUGGAGAUCUUCUUGCAUUCAGCUCUAUUCUAUCAGCUGCUUGGUGUCAGUCAGUUCUGGAAGUAUCAUACCCCAGAACCCUGAACAGCACCAGCGGCUCUUGCCUUCUGAUUCCCUGCCUAUUCAACAUUUCAAAGGAGAGAGAAAACUUUCUUGACAGUUCACCAGUAGUUACAUGGAGACGAGGAUCUCUGUGGAAACUCUAUGAUACAGUUAGUUUUACCAAUGCUCACCAUCAGAAGGAACCUGUGGUGGAAGUGCUGGGUGACCUACGAAAGAAGAACUGCACUUCUGUCAUGAGAAACCUCAGCAGCCAGCAUUCAGAUCGCUACUUCUUCAGGAUUCAAACUACGACCAUCGCCAGCACUGAAACAAUAGCUGUGGCUGUAAAUGUGUCAGAUUCCUUGGCUGAGCCGGAUGUAACUGUGCCGGAGCUCAGGGAGGGUGAGGAGGUGAAUCUGACCUGCACUGCUCCAGCUCCCUGCCCCAGUCACCCUCCAAAUGUAAACUGGGCUCCUGCAUUAGGUGGUGAUGUAACACAGAGGACACAGAUGAAUGCUGAUGGGACUCAGAGUGUUUCUGCCAUCUUGAAAUUCAUCCCCUCGUUCUACCACCAUGAGCUGAAAGUGAACUGUGUUUCCAUUCAUCCUCUACACAGAGAUGACAGACCCCUGCUCAGCCACAAGACCGUCAUCCUCAGUGUGGAGUAUCCUCCAAAGAAAACAUGGAUCUCUGUUUCAGGCUCGGUCUGGCUUGGUAAUAAUGUGACCCUCACCUGUCAAAGUAAUGCCAACCCUCCUGCGGACCACAGGUGGUUCCUGAAGAGAGCAGGUGUAGAGGAAGAACUGAGUGUCUCACAUGUGUUUUCCUUCACUGCCACCCAAAAUAACACUGGGGAAUACAUUUGUGAGGCAAAGAAUCGAUAUGGUGCAAUGAACUCCACAAACCUGCAGAUCACUGUCCCAGGCAUAUCCUUCACUGCUUUCCUCUCACUUUUGGCCUUUUUAUUGUUGCUUAUAUUUGCACUUCUUAUUCUUAUGUUUUACAGAAGGUAUAAAGAACCAAUCAGAAGUGUAACAAGCCAAGAUCAGGACAUUUAUGCCAAUGUGUCUGCAAGUGCAGUGAAAAGCCAGCAGCUUCAGUCAAAGCCUGAGAAUACCUGCGUCAUUAACCUUGGAUACGGAUUCAAACAGGAUCUCCCCAAUGAAAGCAUCUACGCAAACUUUUGAAGUUUAAAUUAGCAUGUUUUAAACACCCGUUUGUGCAUUACCAAUGAACAAUUAGUCUUGAUCUAUUUAAUCAGUAUUAACAUAUGUACACUUCCCAAAAAGUAUGAUGUUCAGAACCAUAUUCUUGCCACUUCCUGUCUCUUUACAAAGAAUGGAAAUUCUCCAAUACUACCUUUACCACAACAACUACAUUUUUCUCUAUUUUUUAUUUUUAUGUGAGACAAUUCCCUUCAGAUAAUUAAAAAAUGGGUACUUUUUGCAUUCAUAAUGCCUUAAUACUGUAAGUACUAUAGAACUGUACAGUGUAAGAUUGGAAAUGAUCAAAAACUUCUGCUUUCCUGUCUCAAAACUAUCUUCUGUAACAAAAGAAUCAUUUAGAAUUUCUAAAGGAACAUAAGGGUUGAUUGUUGAUUUGAUCUAGGACUGUAAGCCAACAUGUGACAUCGGGGGUCUGUUACAUGUCACACCGGUUAAAACUUUGCUAUGCUGAUCAGUCAGUUUCAUGUCCACUUUUGGGUUUUAGUCACAUGAUUAAGGAACGGAUAAAAGAAGAUUGU